AUGAAAAGAAGAAACUGCUCUGCCACAUCCCUUCUCCUGCUACUCCUUCUACUUGGGGGUUCAGAAUUGGGUGAGUGAAUUAACUUUGGAGAAUAUGAAAAGCUCCUCAGGGCCUUCAGAAAUGGGGUUGGGAUCUAUGGAGAAAAAUCAUCCUAGGACUCAGGCAGGGCCAGUCUUAAGCAAAGCUACGGAAUAAGAACAAGCCAAAAUGUUUCCACUAAUAACGCACUGAGCAGCCCUGAUGACUCACAGACAAGAGAAAAAUAUACCAGUGAUAACCUGAGCCUAAGCUCCACUGAGGACUACACUAGUGAACCCCUUAUGACCUCUGAGGACUACACCUCUGCAGAUGGGGGGACCACCGAGGACUACACCACUGCAGACGCGGGGACCACCGAGGACUAUACUACUGCAGACGCGGGGACCACCGAGGACUAUACUACUGCAGACGUGGGGACCACCAAGGACUACACCACUGCAGACGUGGGGACCACCGAGGACUACACCACUGCAGAGGACUACACCACUGCAGAUGUGGGGACCACUGAGGACUACACUACUGCAGACCUGGGGACCACCGAGGACUAUAGCACUGCAGAUGUAGGGACCACUGAGGACUACACCACUGCAGACCCAGGGACCACCGAGGACUAUACCACAGCAGAUCUGGGGACCACCGAGGACUACACUACUGCAGGCAUGGGGACUACCGAGGACUACACCACUGCCAAUGUGGGGACCACCGAGGACUACACCACUGCAGAGGACUACACCAUUGCAGAGGACUACACCACUGAAGAUCUGGGGACCACCGAGGACUACACCACUACAGACCCAGGGACUACCGAGGACUAUACCACUGCAGACGUGGGGACCACCGAGGACUACACCACUGCCAACGUGGGGACCACCAAGGACUACAUUACUGCAGACAUGGGAAACACAGAGGACUAUACCAUGGCCAACCCGGGGACCACGGAGGACCAUACCACUGCAGACGUGGGGAACACCGAGGACUAUCCCACUGCAGACCCAGGGACCACAGAGGACCAUACCACUGCAGACAUGGGGACCACUGAGGCCCAUACCACUGCGGACCCGGGGACCACCGAGGACUAUACCACUGUGGACCCGGAGACCACAGAAGACCAUACAACUGCAGAUCUGGGGACCACCAGGGACCAUACCACUGCAGACCUGGGGACCACCAAUGACCAUACCACUGUAGAGGUGGGGACCACUGAGGACUCUUUUACUGCAGACCCGGGGACCACCAAACACUACACCAGUAAACAUCCAGACACUCGCCCUGAGGGAACAGAUUCAGUAACCUCAGUGAAACCCACUAGGCGGCUGACACCUAUCGGAAUCAUCCUCAUCUCCCUGGCCGCCACCACAGUGGCAGUUUCCCUCUUUGUUGGACUUGGCUUCUUUGUGGUGAGUAUUGGCCCAGGAAUGUGA